CUGGUACCCAAUGCACUUCACCUCAGGGCUAAAGAAAGAAACAAAAACCUAAUUGCAUCUCUCUUGUGUCCCAGGCUAUGUAAAUUCCAUACUCUUCUAAUGGGUAGAGUUAAAGCUCCUAAGAGGCGCCAACGUGGAUCUAACCCCAACAUGGCCUCCCCACACCAGCUUUUCGAUGACACCAGCGCAGGGCCUGGCAUCCAUGGCGUGGAAUAUCCUAAUCACGCCUCCCCUGCCCUGGGUAUCCCUACAGAGGCUUUCCUGUCCGAGCCUAUGUCAAACUUUGCCAUGGCUUAUGGAAGCAGUUUAGCCAGUCAGGGCAAGGAAAUGGUCGAUAAAAACAUUGACAGAAUUAUCCCAGUAAAUAAACUGAAGUAUUACUUUGCGGUCGAUACUGUCUAUGUUGGUAAAAAGAUCGGCCUCCUAGUGUUUCCCUACAUGCAUCAGAAUUGGGAGGUCAGAUAUCAGCAGGAUACCCCAGUAGCACCACGGUUUGAUGUCAACGCUCCAGAUCUGUACAUUCCAGUGAUGGCUUUUAUCACGUAUAUCCUUGUGGCCGGAUUGGCUUUGGGAACGCAAAACAGCUUUUCCCCGGAAAUAUUAGGCAUGCAAGCCAGCUCAGCCCUUGCAUGGCUCAUAGUCGAAGUGUUUGCUGUAUUGCUGAGCUUAUACCUGGUGACGGUAAAUACCGACCUUACCACAGUGGAUCUCAUUGCAUUUGCUGGAUAUAAAUAUGUAGGGAUGAUUGCGGGUGUGCUCUCUGGCCUCCUCUUUGGGAAGACUGUUUACUAUUUUGUCCUCAGCUGGUUCUGUAUCUGCAUUGUAGUUUUUAUGAUUCGCACCCUGCGAUUAAAAAUCCUGUCCGAGGCAGCAGCUCAAGGUGUUCUUGUAAGAGGUGCCAGGAACCAGCUGCGCAUGUACCUCACUAUGGCUAUAGCUGCCGUGCAGCCUAUCUUUAUGUACUGGUUGACCUAUCACCUUGUGAGAUGAGGCCCAGGUUUCCAUAUCCAGUCUGCUUUUCACCACAGAAGACCGAUACGCAUUUGAACCUCCUGCCUAUUGCAGAAAAUCUCUGUGUAAUUUUACCAUAUGCAGUGAUGCUGUUUCUCCACCUUCUGUUGAUAAACUCUGGGAAAUCCUUCAUCAUUAUCUCUACAGACCUUUUAUUUUUAUUUUUUAAAGAAUUUAAAACAUUCAUCAUUCUCCCACCCGGAUUAAAUGAGUGCCCUUUGGAUUGGCCACUCUUAGGUUUGGAUGUCCACUUUGUGGAUACUAUACUUUUAUGUAUUAACAUUUGCAUUGUACAUCUUAAUCAUAAAACAUUUUAUGUCCCAUACUGUCAUAAUUGUAGCAUACUGAGAUUGGGAUCUUAAACAAGUCCCAAAAUAAGGGAACUGUCCACAAAUAAAAAAUAGCCUACAAUUGAACUUGCCUAGUUUAGUAUAUUAACUAAUUGUUUAUUGCUAUGAACAAUAAACAGUUGGUGUCGGCAGUGGGAUUCAAAUGUUAUUCCUUGCUCAGAAUUGCAGCUGCACACCACUGAAACUUUCACAAAUGCUCCAUUUUCCACAUAGAUGUAUGUGCCCUUUAAUAAAUCUAUCACCUGGUCACUAUUUCAGAACCAUAAUCCUAUUUUAUUUGUAGUGAUAUAAAUUAUAUUGGAUUUUUUUUUAUUUUACAAAUAAUGAUACUUCAACAAUUGUUUUAUCAGAAAGCGGCGCUGCAAUCACAAAACUUGUGUAAAAUCACAUGUAAUAAGCUGAGAUUAACAGAUAUUUGCAAGAGAGGAAAUGCAUUAACUAUUUUAAUUGGCUUAUGUGAAGUUGACAUUUUUUUUUUUAUCUUUUUUUUUUUCUUUUUUUUUCUUCUUUUAGAAUUUUUAUUUUGAAUAGUCAUUAAAUUAAAAGCUUUUUGUUCAACCGUAUCAAAGUAUCUAGUAAUUUUUACACUUUUGCAUGUGGACAUUAAAAAAAGUAUUUUGUGUUUAAGCUGUAAAUUGUUGCUGCUGUCAAAUAAAAUUUGAACAUAUUGCGUCA